AUGGGAACCACUUCAGGACAACAGUUCCUAUCAGAGGAUGGAUUACCGUACGGUAUGCCAAGUGGAGCAAGCCCCGCGCUGCACCCUAGCACUCCCUUCGGUAAUCCACCUGCGCUUCAGACCACGGUCGAAGCAGAGCUUUUGGCUCAGAUGACCUCCCUCCGAAAGGAGAUGGCUAAACUCCAAGAACGUAACAAUCUCCUCUCGUCCAAAGUGGACGAGACCCAACGGUUGCUUAAUCAGCAGGAUACGCAAAACGUUCGGACGACCGAAUCUUCCCAGAGUCAGCAGACCCCCGGUCGGCAGAGGAAGGGAAAACAGGGGGCAAAGGCAACGCCUGCGCCCUCCAAACAGCUGGUAGUCCCGGCACCCCCGGACCAACCGCACGUACCGAAGAAGGUAUACACCGAUUGUCGUUAUCGGAUCAACGACAAGAGGGAUGCCGAACGGCAUAGGUCCCCAAUCAGACUAAACGCCAACUUGAGAGACUCCCGGAUGAGGGUCUUGGGGGACAAGUCGCCCCUUCGGAGGGCUCAGGGUUUGGAAUCGGCGCAGGAAUCCGACGAUGAGUACAUCCCCACCAGGGACAUCGAAUCGAGCUACCGUUCGGAAGCUCCCCCGGAGUAUUCGAAGGCAAGAUCACCAAGUCCGAGGAAAACUACCGAGGACUUUUGUUCCGAGGACGUCCCCAGCCGAGACCCCACCAUCCGAUUACUUUUUCAAAGAAUCCAGAAGAUGGAGGAGGACCGAACCCGAUCCCAGGUCCCUGACUGGGGAAAACUUCGGCCGGGACCGUUUACCGAGCGCAUCAAGAAGUCCAGACCGGACAGGGAGGUGCAGCCGUUGCGCAUACCCUUCUAUACCGGUGUGGAGGACCCUCUGACGCACCUUCACUCUUUCCAAUCGGCAGUUGGAUGUAAGGGCCUAAGCGACGAGGGACAAUGCCUGCUGUUCCCCUCGUCCCUUACCGGAGCUGCACUGAACUGGUUCUACCGUCUCGAGCCGGGGACGGUACACUCCUUUGAAGAACUGAAGCAGAUCUUCCUCAACCACUUCAUGAUCCAGACGGACCGUCUGUAUUCUGCCGAUGAUCUGUACACGAUUCGGCAAAGGGAGGACGAACCCCUACGGGAAUACGCAGCGCGCUUCAGCCACGAGUACUCGAGGUGUCCCGAAACGGACGAUAGGGCAGCCUACGGCGCGUUCAAGAGUGGCCUACGGUCCUCUCACUUCCGAUAUCUCGUGCACAGUAGCAACUGGCGCACGUAUGACGAGUUAAUGAAGCAGGCGGCAGUCCAUGCGAAGGCCGAAUACUUCAACUCCAAACCCGGGCCUUCGGCUCGGAAGGAGGAAUCGGCAGCCAAAGGCUAUCCAGGCCGAAUCGACGAACCGUCGGCAGGACACAAACGGAGGGACGACCGGGAUAGCCGUCAGGGAAACUCGAAGAAGGGACGUGGGAAGUACGGUCGUAACGACCACCGGGCACCCCUACCGAAUCACGAUCGUGCUCAGGAAGUCUUCACCCUGCUGAACACGACAUACGAGACCGUUCUAAUGAACGAACAUGACCAGAUCCCGAAGCCGACCAACCGGAAGCCCAAUCGGCAGGAUAAUCGGGAUACUGGCAAAUUCUGCCGAUACCACCAGCAGAACAGCCACAAUACCGAAGACUGCAUCAGUCUAAGGAAAAUUGUCGAGCGCCUGAUUCGGGAAGGGAAGUUGGAUCAGUACCUUGCCAGGCCGCCGCAGGCCCCGGCACCAAAUGCAAAUCGGCAGAUCAACAUGAUCAAUACGAUCAGCGGUGGCCCCACCCUGGCAGGACCCUCUAACCGAUCGGUGAAGCAGUAUGUGCGCGCCGCCCACUGCCCUCAGGUCUUCGGCAUAGCAGAGGAUCGGUGCCGAAAGAUGCCGAAGGUAGGAUGGGAGCCCAUCACGUUCAGUGAAGAAGAGGAGGAGGGGAUCAUCUACCCCCACGACGACCCAAUGAUCAUUCGGGCCGAGAUCGCCGAGUACGACGUGGGUCGGGUGCUGAUUGACACCGGAAGCUCGGUGAACGUGAUCUUUGCCGAUGCGUUCAAGGGACUGGGGAUUGCCGACAGCAUGGUCAAUCGGCAAAUCACGCCUCUCCUCAGUUUCUCUGGAGAUAUGGUGCAACCGGUCGGUAGCAUCAGUUUGCCCAUCGCCUUCGGCGUGGCCUCCAGGAAGACCAUGACCUACGACCAAUUCCUCAUUGUCGACUGCCCAACGGCAUACAACGUAAUCAUAGGGCGAACGGCACUCACCAAGAUCAAGGCCCACCUAUCCCCGCAUAUGUUGUUGAUGAAGUUCCCGACCCGCAACGGUACUGGAGCCAUCCGGGGCGAUCAGCUCAGCGCACGGACGUGCUAUGCCACGGCCCUUAAGUCGGUGGCCAGCAAACCGCCAAUGGAGGCCAUGACCGUCCAGGGACUACCGAACGGUAGCGAGCCCAUUGACGACCCCAGGGAGGACAAUCCAACGCCGGUCGCGCAGCCCGCCGAGGAGCUCGAGACAAUAAUCCUGAACGAGGAAUUCCCCGAUCGGUGGGUGAAGAUCGGCACCAAUCUGAACCCCGAUCUCCGAGGGCAAUUCAUCGACUUCUUACGGCAGCAUGCGGAGGUCUUCGCUUGGUCUUAUGACGACAUGCCCGGCAUAUCACCCGAUGUCAUCAGUCACAAGCUCAGCAUCUCCUCCGCCCACAAACCAGUCAGGCAAAAGCGCCGAUCGUACGAUGCCGAACGGUAUGAGGCGAUGCGUGCCGAAGUUGACAAGCUCAAAGCCAUCGGCUUUAUCAGGGAAGCUACGUACCCUGUGUGGCUUGCCAACUCGGUCAUGGUUCGGAAGGCCAGAGGAGGAUGGCGAAUGUGCCAGGAUUAUACCGACCUCAACAAGGCUUGUCCGAAGGACAGCUUCCCCCUACCGAGGAUUGACCAGCUCGUCGAUGCCACCGCCGGGCAUGAGCUGCUCAGCUUCAUGGACGCGUAUUCAGGAUACAACCAGAUCUUCAUGGACCCUGCCGAUAGAAAGCAUACGGCAUUCAUCACAGAUCGCGGUUUGUACUGUUACAACGUCAUGCCCUUCGGCCUGAAGAACGCGGGGGCAACUUACCAACGGCUCGUCAACCGGAUCUUUGCUAAAUACAUCGGCGGCAUCAUGGAGGUUUACGUUGACGACAUGUUGGUAAAGAGCCGAACGGCGGGGGGUCACCUUGAAAACUUGGCCCUCAUGUUCGGUAUUCUAAAGGACUACCGAAUGCGACUAAAUCCGGCGAAAUGCGCAUUCGGUGUAUCUUCCGGAAAAUUUCUCGGGUUCAUGAUCAGUCAAAGGGGAAUCGAGGCCAAUCCCGAGAAAAUAAAAGCCAUAAUCGACAUGGAAACCCCGAAGACGCAGAAGGACAUUCAGAGCCUUACCGGACGUGUCGCUGCCCUGACACGCUUCAUCUCCAAGGCUACCGAUAAAUGCGUACCGUUCUUCAAAGCUUUGAAAGGGGGCAAACAUCAUAUAACAUGGACUCCCGAAUGCGACCAAGCGUUUCAAAACUUGAAAACUACAUGA